AUGGUCGCUGAUGGCGGAUACGCAGCGCCUCCAGGGCAGCUACGUGCUAGGGCAGGUCAGCCAGUACGGGAGGGUGCGUCGUGGCGCGUCGAAGGUCAAGUCGUCCAACGUUCCCAAUGCGCCGAGGCGUGGCCCAAAGCUAUGCCGGGCUGUGUUCGAGGUGCGGAGCGGAGCGGAGCAUCGAGAGAGCUUGGCGGCACGUCGCUGAUGGCUGAUGGCAGGCAGCGCGGAUCACAGAUCGGAUCAGGUGAUAUGCUGCUGAAUCGUAAGAUGGCUGAAAGUGGUGUCGGUGAGGAGAUGUACCUGAUUAUUCAUCGCUCCGUCGCCGAGCCUCCAACGCGCGGGCUGCGACGCGGGUCCUUCUCGGGAGACAUCACAUCAGGCCGAGUCUACUUUCCAGCGAUUACGGCAUAA